CAGGUUUUGGAGGCUUCUUUGAGCUCGCAGAGUAGACAUGAGCAAAGCACACCCUCCCGAGUUGAAGAAAUUUAUGGACAAGAAGUUAUCAUUGAAAUUAAAUGGUGGCAGACAUGUCCAAGGAAUAUUGCGGGGAUUUGAUCCCUUUAUGAAUCUUGUGAUAGAUGAAUGUGUGGAGAUGGCAACUAGUGGGCAACAGAACAAUAUUGGAAUGGUGGUAAUACGAGGAAAUAGUAUCAUCAUGUUAGAAGCCUUGGAACGAGUAUGAACAAUGGCUGUGUUCACCAGAGAAAUCAACGCUUCCAUGUGUCCCCUCUCCACAUUUUACUACCAGAAAAAUUGGGUUGUGUACAUUUUCUUACUUUUUUGUUAAAUAAACUUUUGUAA